AGAAAGAGAGGGGGAGCAGAGAGAAAAAGAAAGAAAGAGAGUGAGUGCAUCGACGUGAACCUUGCACCAUUGUGUGCACCCGGCCAGGUGAUCUUCGUAGUGCCGAUUGUCGUCUCUUCAAACAGAGCGAAUAACUCUCGCGCAGUGUGGUAACAGUGAUUCCGCGCUCCGUCCGUGCAUCCGGCGAUCGUCUACGGGGGAGAAUCUGAUAGGCGCUUUCAUGGCGCGCGGCGGACACGACGGGAGUCGUGCGUGCGCCGCCACCGAGGUACGAGACAGGACGAGCGACGUAAGAGCGCCGCACGAGUGAGCGAAAGAGCGAGCGAACCGACAACACGCCGCCCGUGUGUCAGCAGGAGCAUCGGCCGAGAGAAAACACACGACGACGACGGCAGCGUACGCGCCGCACACACAGGCACGCACUCGAGUGCGUCACCGCCCAUAUGUGAUGUGUCCCGUGCGUGCGAGCGAAUGAGUAAUCAUGCACUGUCCGGACAAGGGCUCGACUGCCUCCAAGAGCAAAGAGGGGCCUGUGACAAUGCGGGAAAAAAAGGGCGGUGCUCUCAGCAGAGUACAAAAAUUAAAGAAACGUCUCAGUCACAGUUUCGGGCGGCUGUCUAUAUCAAAAGAAGAGGCUGAUGAUGCUACAACUAGAGGCCAAUUACCGUACAAUGGCUAUUCUGAGGAGUUCCUAGACCGCUUGGAGCCAAAUGGCAAUAUACCUGCGGACAAAGAUCGCCGUUAUGAAUGGACAGGUGUGGGCGAUCACGAGAGAGUGCAUCGGCAGCUUUCCGUUUCUAGCGAUUCCAAGCUUCUCGACGACGACAUACGGGAAGAAGCGAGAGUAAUCCUACGACCCAGGCGUCCGCCGCGGCCGAAAUCUGAGGUUUUCCUCGGUCCGGACCCACCACCUAGAAGAACUAAACGAUUCUCCGCUUUUGGGGGAGAUUCGCCGUUCGGUAAAUCCGAAGCUUAUAUAAAACUAGAGCAGUUGGGAGAGGGAUCAUAUGCCACAGUGUUCAAAGGCUAUAGCCAUCUCACCAAUCAGGUGGUGGCUCUUAAAGAAAUUAGACUGCAAGAGGAGGAAGGAGCUCCGUUUACUGCCAUUCGCGAGGCGAGUCUCCUCAAAGAGUUGAAACACAGCAAUAUCGUGACUCUGCACGAUAUCAUUCAUACACGCGAGACACUCACUUUCGUAUUCGAGUAUGUUCACACCGACUUAUCACAAUACAUGGAGAGGUACGGGAGCGGCAACGGUGGACUGGAUCCACGUAACGUCAAAUUGUUUCUCUUUCAACUGUUACGAGGACUGGCGUACUGUCAUCGCAGGAGGGUACUGCACAGAGAUGUAAAGCCACAGAAUUUGUUAAUCAGCGAGAUAGGAGAACUUAAAUUGGCAGACUUUGGGCUAGCAAGGGCCAAAUCCGUGCCAUCACAUACAUACUCACACGAAGUCGUGACCUUAUGGUAUAGACCGCCCGACGUUCUUUUAGGUUCCACAGAGUACUCCACCUCGCUCGACAUGUGGGGAGUAGGUUGCAUAUUUGUGGAAAUGUUAACUGGCGAACCGACAUUCCCAGGUGUACGUUGUACGUACAACCAGCUCGAUAAGAUAUUUAGCGUGUUGGGUACACCUACCGAAGAGACUUGGCCCGGUGUCACGCAUCUACCCGGGUAUAAGGCGCACAGACUGUUAUUUUAUCCGCCGCGAAAGCUGGGUCUCUCGUUUCCACGGCUGUACGACAUCACCGACGGUGACAGUAUGGCGUCGUCGCUCCUGCAACUGAAUCCUGAUCAGCGAAUAGGAGCAGAAGAAGCUUUACGACACCCCUACUUUGCCUCUCUUCCUAGGAAAUUAUAUGAAUUACCUGACGAAGUGUCGAUAUUCAGCGUAGAAGGUUGUCACUUGUACACAAACUCGAGGCACGGGUGCGCAGAUUCUCGUCACACGACUCUUAAGACUUGAGGUUAAAGUAAACGUUAAAGGAGUAAAUAAUAAGUAAAUUCGCAAUUUACACGUUGAGUGAUAAAACGUUCGUUUUCAUGAGAUCCAUAUAUUCACACAUACACAUACACAGAGGCAGACAGACAGACACGCAACAAACAUACACACACAGGCGCACAUGCACUAUUCCCAGACGCGUUGUUCGCUCUCUCUCAGGGCUGCUCCAUAAUUUUCUGCUGUUCUCUUCUUUUCACACGUACAGAAACUCGAUGUAAUGCUAUCUCGGCUACUUAUCGUUCGCACGUAUUUUCACUAAUUAGAUUCAUGUCUCGUCCGCGUCAGAAUAGAGCAGAGCUUAGCUGUACGAGUAAAACUAAGUAGUCUCGUACGAGCAUCAACUCUGUCAGUUCUUUGUGUGAAAAUAAUACUUCACACUGAUUUGAUGUAGUGAUUUGAUGUAGUAGCAUCUUCUUCAUUUUAACGGAUAUCUGUCCAGCGUGUUAAUACAGCGUUAUUCGCUACGUUGAAGAAACACAACGUACUUAUGUUUUUUUAACUAUUCAUUUUUUUCAUCUUUUAUCUAUUUUUAAUUAUAUCUAUAGUAAUACCUUUAUUCAUGUGUACUUCAUCAAAUAUUUUCGGACUCGUAGUCAGUGAAGAAUGAUAAAUUUGUUUAGAAUAGUUAGUCAACUACAAAGUCAAAUACAAAGUUUUUUGUAACUCAGAAGUUCUGCUACAGAAAUUCAGCAUUAUAUUCAUAUUAUAUUAAAUACUUCAAUUGGUCGACUGAAUGAAGAGAGUGUCAUUUUUUAACAAUUCUUUUUGCAAAUUAAGAAUUUUUUACUUUCAUGAUUCUACGAAUCUGGCAUUACAUCGAGAUUCCGUUGUAAUAACGAUAUUCUCUUUCUUUUUACUUUUCUCUUUUUUUCCGAGAAUAUACGUAUUGAGUAUGAAUUAAUUAACGAAGGUAAAUCGCAUAACUGGUCAAGGAAAAACAAGAAAGUAAAAAAGCUUACGGCUAAAAGUAAAAAGAAGAAAAAAUGAAAAAAAGAUUAUAAGAAUUUCGCACGCUCGAUUUAGGAAGCAAAAGCACGCACGACCCAUCCUCGCACUUCGUCCAAAUACUAGAUUUAGAUCGAAUACCAAUCAAAAGAGGAAGAAAAAAAAGAGAGGAAGUACCAUACCGCCGCCCCACGCUUCCCGAUCCCAGCCCAAGCCAAGUGGGGCGAGGUGGUCGCUGGUUAGCAAAACUAUUACUACGAAGUAAUUACUACUAUCUUAGAAAAAUUGUGGAAGACCUGUAGCACUCUAUAUAAACAAAUUGUUACCGCUGUCUUGAGCACGAUGUUGGUCGCUAGGACAGUUGAUAGAAUAUUGAUAGAUCAAAUAGGGAAACGUUGUUUGGAUUAAAUUAAUUGUUAGACGCGUACAGUGAAUACGACGAUAGUGGAUAGUUAGCGAGAACUUAGAAAAGAAUGAGUCAACGUCAUUCAGUAUUAGUCAAGUGUCCGUAGCUGCCGACAUCGCGAUAUGCAGCGAGAAAAACUAACUGAAAGCUCAUCGUUGAUAGUACCGAUGGUAGUGAUUUAGACGUAAGUAAUUAGGUAUUAGCUCGUAUUUAAUAUCGACCGAAGUUUACUGACAACGUCGCAAAACGUAGCAUAAUUGAUAGUGAAUCGAAAAAAAUAAGGAAGAAAGAGAGAAACGAACGAAGAGAAAGAAACGGGGCAACGAUUCUAGACUCGUCGAAAUUUCGUUUGUUCAAUCGCUGUUAAUUAAUAUCGACAGCCAAAUGGUGCUCGACAUCGUAAACUGUGACGUAUUUAGGUCGAUCCGUACUCGUGACAUAGAGAAUAAUCAUUUAACGAGAAUAUUCGUUCGAUUUUCUAAAACUGGAUAAAAAUAGCGUUGGCAAUAGUAGAAAUAGGGAAAAAAAACGCGAGAACAACGGCGUUACAGUUCUUCCAAAUUUUGUCUAAGCUACGAUGGACUAUUGCGAUAAUAUUACUCCUUUUCGUAGGUUUACAUUUAUACCGAUUUUUCAGCACACUUAUUAAAACAAAAAAAAAUUAAAAUAUAUAUCAACGAGGUGAAAGUAAAAGAGAGAGAGAGAGAGAGAGAGAGAGAAUGGGAAGGGGGAAGAAGAAAUUUCGAAAGAUUUGAGAUAUCUUAUUAUUAUUACCAAUAAUUAUGUUUUAUUUCAAAAGAACAGAAAAAGACGCGCGCGCAGGCGAUAAAGUGUACAUAGAAUUAGCAGGUUCGUAUUAUCGAUGAUGCUGAAAUAGCUGAUGCGAGAUAAUAAAUGUGACUUUGUAAUAAAUUCAAACGUAUGGUACUCUGGACCCCGUUCAUCUCCGUAACCCGGCAGUGGUAUUACAGAGCUGGGCGUAGUAUCCCGAAAAAAUGCAUUUCGAAUUAAAAUCGUAUGAACGAUAAUUAAUUGUAGAGGUACAUAUUCGAACUACUUCCUGUAACAAAGUAUCAAACGCAGAAACCGCAUUUUCUCGGUACGAAUUUAAAGAGAUUUGCCUUUAUUAGAAAGAAAAACGCGAAUAAACUAUGGUAAAAUAUCUUACAACGAAAGCCGAAAUUUUAGAUUAUUAUAGAACUUUUAGUGUAAAUAAUUUCUUUUUUAUUUUCAAUGAGGUGAGAACUCUUAUUUUCUUAUUUGCUUUCUGUCAGAUGUUAAGAAGCUUUUUUUUUUCUUUUAGUGUAAAUAGCUGUAGUAAUUUUAAUAUACUGAAUUUAUUCACGUUUUUAAUCAAUAUAAUGUUAAUCGCGAAAUAUAAUGUAGCAUUAUUGAAUGCAAAAUAUAUUCCUCACUAUUUUGAUGCAGCUCGCACUAUUGUUUGUAUAAAGUUAAGUUUAAGAGAGUUACGUGUUCAAUAAUAUUCUUCGCAUUUUUUAUUCUGCCAUUUUGUGAAGAAUAAGCGCAUUUACACAGCGUAAAUUAAAUAUGAUAACCUAUAAUAAUCAUAAGUGUUAGUUUCUACAUUUAUGAAAAAUUUUCAUAGAUCGUCCAUUAUUUUUUAGAAAUGGUGCUAAAGUCUUUUAUUUUGUAAUGCUAAACAAAACCUUGUUUCAUGUUAUACUUUGAUCACUAAAAGUUAGAGAUAUUUGGCUGUUUACAUCACUAUAUUUUAUAACAAAACAUGAAAAUUAUAUUAUAUACAAAAAUAUAUUCGAAGAACAAUUAUGAUUCAAAUGCAGGAAGUAAAGUUAUAAAUUGGUUUUUGAAAUGACAAAAGAUAAAAUCAUAUUUUGUAUCAUAAAUAUUGUAAUUUGCAUUGUACAUACGUAAUAUUUCUAUCUUUCGUACAAGUAUGUGUGUGUACGCGUGUGCGUUUGGCUGCGUAUUGUAUGUGUGUGUGUGUGUAUGUAUUUGAUAUUAAGUCUCUAGUUCCGGUGAUAUAAUGAAAUCUUUUUGAUUUCAUAUUGGACGCAUUUAUUUUUUUGGAUAUGUUUAUCUUUGCUUUUUUGGUAUUUGAUGUAUAUUCGAUGAAAGUGUAGAAAAAAAUUUGUAGAAACGGGCAUUGAUUUUCUCUCAUAGACAAUGGAAAAAGUACCAAAAAUUUAUAGACUCUAGGAACUUCAUCGUAUUUCUCAUUUCUCUAACGAACAAAUUUAUACCGGCAUCAUACCACUGCCGAGUUCAGCGUUUACCAUACAAACGGUGUUUUAUUUCAAUUUUGUAGAAUUGUCAUAAAGGAAAAUUGUAAUUUUAAUACAUGUACUUACGUUGUGCCUAGAUAUCCCAAUUUUGUACACGCGUUACGUCCAAUCUAAUUGUAUAUUUUAUUUGCGUAAACUUUUUAUAUGAAGGAUUCGCCGAUAUACCCAAAAGCCGCUGCGGAAUUGUGUAACAGGAAAGCUAAAUGGAAAGAAACGAUGAGAGAGAAUUCUGUUUUCACACGUACACCUUGCGUUCGAAAGUGAUUUUCUGACACCUCACGUCGUUGCGAAAACAUGUGAUAUUACAUGUGUCCGACGUUUAGAUCGAAUGAUCAAUUCCGGGUUCAUCAAGUGCCCCGGAAGCAUUAAGUUGAACGUAUUGUGCCUGUGCUACAAAUAUUUGAAAUAAUAAAGAUACAACUCGCUAUUAA